AUGGGAAUAACCACCACUAUUGAAGCACCACCGGAAGUGAUUAAUGUGCCCUUCCAGAGCAAGGACUCGUGUCCUAUCUCUCGCCAGGGAGAUGGCGGACUUGGACCUGGACCAUCGGAGCCAGCGACCCGGCUGUUCACCAUUGAACCUGUGUCAUCCGGGGACUCUCACCCAAGGCUCGCCAUCACCACCCUUCUAGUGACCCUGAAUAUGAUACAGUUCUUGUACAACUUCAUCACUAUUGCUGGCGGUCUGACGUUGAGCGCGGACCUUGGCCGAGAGCCCGGUGCUGGUCAAGCGAAUUGGAUGGCAGCAUCAUAUUCACUAACCCAAGGGGCCUUCGUCCUGAUCACCGGCCGCCUUGGCUCCAUCUACGGACACCAGAACCUGGUGCUCGCCGGCUGUGCCCUGUUCUCCGUCUUUGUUCUUGCCAACGCCUUCUGUCGCGACUACAUCUCCUUCGUGGCAAUCCGAGCUCUCGCUGGUGUCGGGGGCGGGAUGUUCAUGCCCAACGCCGUUGCGAUAAUGACUACCGUCAUCCCGCCAGGCCGAUCUCGUAACCUUGCUCUGGGUUUCUUCUCUGCCGCGCCUCCUAUUGGAGGGGUGAUCGGUGCCCUUCUUGCUGGCCUUUUUAUCGAAAUCGUUGGCUGGAAAUGGCUUUUUAUCCUGAUCGCUGGAUGUUCUGUUGUCGUCACAGCCAUUCUCGCCUGGGUAUUCCCCCGGGAGCAGCCCAUCGACCGGAAUGGCAAAAUCGACUUUGUCGGAGCCUGCCUGGGUCUCUUUGGCCUUCUCCUUUUCAAUGUUGUUUGGAAUCAGGCGCCGAGUGUGGGAUGGGACACGCCGUAUGAGAUCGCAUGUCUGAUCCUGUCCGUACUUUUAUUCGCAUCAUUCAUUGCGUGGGAGAAGUAUUUCGCCAAAGAUCCGAUCAUGCCCGUGCAAGUCUUCCGGGCUCCUACAUUCACGGCUCUCAUCUUUGUUGUUCUGCUUACUUACAUGGGCUUCUCCAUCACGCUCUGGUAUUCGGUAUCCUGGCAGCAAAUCCUCAGAGAUAUCUCCAUCCUGAAGACCGGUAUUCACUUUAUCCCGUUCGGAGGAGGUGCAGUCAUCGCUGUCGCUCUCGCGGCCUGGCUCAUUUCUCGGGUGGCAGCACAAUGGAUUUUGGCCAUUGGCAUCGGCACAGUCAUUCUGAGCAAUCUUUUGCUGGCGACUAUGCCUAUCCAGCAGACGUACUGGGCAGGAAUCUUCCCUGCCGUGCUGUUGUCUAGCUUCUGCCCUGACCUGGCUUACGUAGCAGCCCAGUUGAUUGCGAGCAACAACGUCGGACGUCGCCAUCAAGGUGUGGCAGGUAGUCUUAUUGGCACGCUGAACCUGUACGGAAACAGUCUGGGUCUUGGUUUCGCUGGUACAAUUGAAGCGCAAGUAUCCAAUGGCCUUGAAAUUCGGGACAUCGUCUUGGGAUAUCGCGCAGCAUUGUAUUUUGGCAUGGCUUUGGGCGUGGUUGCACUGAUUCUGAACUUUGCGUUCGUUCGGAUGCCAAAGGAUCAACGCCAAGGCUGGGAUGAGUCACUUGAGUCUGACCUGCCAGAGAACACAUCGGCUUUGGCUUCAGCUGUGGAUAGACGGAUGGUGAGUUCGCUUGGGUGA